AGAGAGAGAGAGAGAGGGCGAGAGGAGCAGGCGGGGGAGCGCGAGCCAGCAGCGGAGAGAGAGAGAGAGAGUGAGAGAGAGAGCUCGAGAGUGAACGAGAGGAGAGAGAGCGACGACCGUCAGGGUCGGUGUACCUGAGGGACGGACGACACGGACGGGACGACUGAGCGAGCGAGUGAUUGUCCGACAGACAGGCGGACGGAGUGAAUGAAGCUGCACCAGGUGCUUCUGAGGGACUUUCCCAUGUUUUGAUUUGCUCCAUUUACUACCUUCUUAAACGUGGUUUCACUGAGCCGCUCUCAGCCAUGCCGUCCAACAGUCCUGCAGCUGCCGAGCCGCCGGAGACACCUGAAAACGACAUCACCAAUGAUGUGAAUGAAGAUGGAGCAGACCAUGACAGUCCAGAAGAGGGGACACCAGCCAGCCCCCGCACCAAGCGCAGAGUGGGUCGUCCCGGCAGGAAACGCAAACAGCUGCUUCCUGAGAUGGCGACCUCUGACCCCUGUGUAAACGCCCCCCCAACCCCGCCUGAGGAGCCGGAGCCCUCCUCCUCCCCUCGCAAGAAGCGCGGGCGUCGGAAACUAGGGCAAACCGGGAAGAAUAAGGACGAGCCAGACGACAGAAACUGCGACUCCCCCAAAGAGGUUGAGACUGGCAGGCUGCGGAGGAGGCCAGUACCCAGAGUGACUUUCCAGGCUGGAGAUCCGUACUACAUCAGCAGGAGACAGAGAGAAGAAUGGCUCAGCCGCUGGAAGAUGGAGGCAGAGCGACGGGCAUACAGAGAGGCGGAAAUGAGCAUUAUGGACGAUCUAUCGGAAGGCGGCUUUCAGAAGGAGGAGGAGUCAGCCAGCCCAGCCCCUCCCCCUUCACAACAACAGACAGCCCCCGCCUCACCAAUAGUUGCCGUGACACCAGAGCCAGCUGCCAGGGGAGAACGUCCCACUCCCAGGGAGAUAGAGUACCAGGAUGACCGGGGCUUUGGCAUCGGUGUUCUGGUGUUUGGGAAGCUGCGAGGUUUCUCUUGGUGGCCCGGCAGAAUCGUCUCCUGGUUGAUGAGCGGCCGAAGUCGAGCUGCAGACGGAACUCGCUGGGUGAUGUGGUUUGGGGACGGCAAGUUCUCUGUGGUUUGUGUGGAGAAGCUGAUGCUCCUGAGCUCCUUCUCAUCUGCCUUCCAUCAGCCCACUUACAACAAACAGUCCAUGUACCGGAAGGCCAUCUUCGAGGCUCUGCAGGUGGCCAGUGUCCGGGCGGGGAGACCAGUUCCUUCCUGCGAUACGAGCGAUGAUGCAGACGGGGUGGAGAUUCAAACCAGACAGAUGAUUGAGUGGGCCAUGACCGGCUUCCCACCCAAGGGUCCACAAUCACUGGAGCCUCCGGAGGAGGAACGAAAUCCAUAUAAGGAAGUUUACCCAGAGAUGUGGGCGGAACCUGAGGCAGCCUACACGCCUCCACCCACCAAGAAACCGCGCAAGAACUCAGCAGAAAAAGCAAAGAUCAGAGAGGUGAUCGACGAAGGGACCAGAGAGAGACUCAUAUGUGAGGUCAAAAAGAAGACCAGGAAUAUCGAUGAUAUCUGCAUCUCCUGCGGAAGCCUCAACGUUUCUCUGGAGCAUCCUCUCUUUGGAGGAGCAAUGUGUCAGGGCUGCAAAAACUCGUUCCUGGAGUGUGCCUACCAGUACGACGAUGACGGCUACCAGUCCUACUGCACCAUCUGCUGUGGAGGCAGAGAGGUGCUCAUGUGUGGCAACAACAACUGCUGUAGGUGUUUCUGUGUGGAGUGCGUGGAUCUGUUGGUCGGCACCGGCUCGGCGGCAAUAGCCAUCAAAGAAGACCCCUGGAACUGCUACAUGUGUGGCCCCCGGAGCACCUUUGGGUUACUGCGGCGACGGGACGACUGGCCCUGCAGACUACAACACUUCUUCGCCAACAACCAUGAACAGGACUUUGAGCCAGCCAAGUUGUAUCCUCCAGUUUCAGCAGAGAAGAGGAAACCAAUCAGAGUUCUCUCGCUGUUUGACGGCAUUGCCACAGGUCUGUUGGUGCUAAGGGAUUUGGGCAUGCAAGUUGACAAGUACGUGGCGUCUGAGGUGUGUGAGGACUCCAUCACUGUCGGCAUGGUCCGACACCAUGGUCGCAUCAUGUACGUGGGUGACGUACGCAACGUAACACACAAACAUAUCGAGGAGUGGGGACCAUUUGACCUGGUGAUAGGAGGAAGCCCCUGCAACGACCUCUCCAUAGUCAACCCUGCAAGGAAAGGCCUUUUCGAGGGAACAGGCCGCUUGUUUUUCGAGUUUUACCGCCUGCUGCACGAGGCUCGACCAAAACCGGGCGACGAGCGUCCGUUCUACUGGCUGUUUGAGAACGUGGUAGCUAUGGGAGUCAGCGACAAACGGGACAUCUCCCGCUUUUUAGAGUGUAACCCGGUCAUGAUCGACGCCAAAGAGGUCUCUGCUGCCCACCGCGCUCGCUACUUCUGGGGAAACCUGCCAGGCAUGUCAAGACCUCUGACAGCCAUGUCGAAUGACAAGCUGGACCUACAAGAAUGCCUCGAGCACGGGCGCACAGCCAAGUUUGAGAAGUUGCGUACGAUAACGACACGCUCCAACUCUGUGAAGCAGGGGAAAGACGAGCAUUUCCCCGUCUUCAUGGACAACAAGGAGGACAUCCUCUGGUGUACCGAGAUGGAAAGGGUGUUUGGUUUCCCCGUCCACUAUACCGACGUGUCCAACAUGAGCCGUCUCGCCAGGCAAAGGCUGCUGGGUCGUUCCUGGAGCGUCCCCGUCAUCAGGCACCUCUUCGCCCCGCUCAAGGAGUACUUCGCCUGCAACUAGUCACGCACCAACUCUCUCUCCCACGCACACACACACACACACCUACACAAACACACAUAUACAGUAUGUAAUGACAGACACACAGUAUAGAGCUAAUACAUGAAGGUUGGCUGACACAGGAUGACACAAGAUGACCGGACACACACCCUCACACACACACAAAUACACACUCUGUAAAGGACUGCUUUCCUAGAUACCAUGUAGACCACUGGCUGACCAUAUUCCCCAGGUGCUACCUUGCUGAUUGCCACACACACACACACACACACACACACACACACACACACACACACACACACACACACACACACACACACAAACACACACAUACAUACUGGUGCAGGGUUUCUGUACUGUCUUCACACACAACAACUUCCUGUCUGAUCUUGAAACUGAUGUCUUCUGGCUUAACUGUGUCAUAGCAGCUGGAUUUCAAACCUCAAUGGGGCCCACAGCUUACUAAGAAGCCCUAACUUUCUGUUUCCAAUAUCACAGAGUGAGAACAUCAACACACGUCUGAUCCAAAACACUUUACUGCAUUAAUGUAGAGUGAUAGUACUACUGGUGCUUUACAGUGCAAUGAACACAAAUAUACAAACACAAACACCAGUUUAUGCUCUUGGUGCUGGUCAGACAGUGAUAAAGUCCAAAUGAUGCCACUCUAAUACAACACUUUCAAAGUGGUUGGUGCUCUUGGAGACUGGACGGUCUCUGGUUGUUUCGGUCUCACAGUUUUGUGUCCCUAAUUUAUCUUACAAGAAGGUGGAGGCAACACUAAGCAAGAGACAUGAAUUAGUAAGGUCUAUUUGUCAAACUUAGUGAGAGGGUGCAAGGGAGUAUCCCAAAAAAAACUAAAUAUAAUCAAAUAGAUUAAUUUGAAGUAAAUCAGAUUGUAAUUUGUUCUGUUUUCUUGGAGGAAAAGCUGCUCUGGAGUGACAAAUAAUUAAUAAAUAACAGAAGUUUGUGUGGCAAAAUAAUACCAAAAAAGGUAUGCCACAGCAGUUCCCUUUUGGCCAUGUUUGUUAACCUCUAUUGUUACAGAAUUCCCAAUAGCUUCCACUAAAGAAGUUGCUCGUGUUCCUGGAGUCCAUAAAUACACACGGGGGCAAAAUUCAGACAUUGACAAUUAAUCAAAAUACACAAGAGGAAUAUAAAGUAAAAAUAGUGCGAGACAACUGGGUACAAAUCUAGACAAAAUAAGAGACAGAUCAUAACAUUAACCUGUGUAACUGUACGUCUUCAGUGUUUGUAGCGCCCUCCAGUGGGCAGAGACACCAGUAUAAAGAGAAUGCAUAACAAGGACACACACUCAUGAUGGGGGGUAAAACAGUCAGUUAGCAGUCACUGGAUUAAGAAAAUUAUUAGAAAAUAAAGGCUUUUAUACAUAAUACCUAUUAAUGCUCAAUACCUAUAAGUGCCACUAUUCAUUUAUGUUUAAAUAAUGUACUAUUUCUUGGUGUUUUUUCAAUAUUUUAGGCAGUGAUUGUACAUUACGGUUAGCUAAUGCUUUGGUGCAUAUGGUGUGAUAUUCUGCACACUAGUAGCAUUUCAGACACUAGCAUGUGUAAAAGUGCUGUUUUAUCGCAUUGGAUACUGUUAACUGUUGCUCAAAUGAUGCUGUUCAUUGUGGUCAUUGUUAUAGAGCGAAAUAAUAAUAAUGAAUAAUACUGUAUGUCACUUUAGUAAUUAUGUCACUUGCCUGGUAGAAGCUGUAGACUGAAGUUACUUUGGCCUUUGAGGUUGGAUGUUACAUUUAAUAUUUGCAUAGAGUUAGUCCCUGUCAACAGGAGAGUCGAUGUUAUAAUACUGUAACGAACCUUGUCCUACUUAAUGGGAUGAUUUUACUUAGUCUGCAGAGAAAAGGACAAUAUUGUAUUAUGCUGAUGUUCUGGAGUUAAGUUUCUGUUCAGAUAAUCCUUAGACAGUCCAGAAAAGCAGUUAUACUGUGAAACGAUGAUAUAAGGCAGUCUUUCUAUGUAGCCUGGUUUGUUUCUACCCAUCAUGAGAGUAGCUUAGCUAUGCAUCGUCUCUGUACCAUCUGGGUAAGGCACCGAGCAAAUACUGUGACCUUUAAAACCUGCCAACUUCAUUUCAUUUUUAGUUUUUAUGUUGCAUAAAGUCAAAUACACACAUAUAUAUAUAUUCUUUUGAUAUUACCCCCCAUUAAGUCUGCUGUCUGGAUUUUGUGUCAAAAUCUCAGUUCAAGAUCGCUCGACCAAAAUGUUUGAUUUGAAAAACAUUUUCAAACCUUUCUUGUCUCCCUUAAAAACAAAAGUGAAGUGUUAUUUUACCGCACACAAAUUUCUGGAUGUUUUUACCGCACACAAUGUUUUCAAACAAGCAGAGAAUACUUUCGGUGCCUUUGUUUAAGGCAUGGUUACCAAAGUACAAACGGUUUUGAUGCUAUUGACUAAGGAUUCACUCUCAGUGUGUAAGCAAUUGCAAAAAAAAAAAAAAACGUAGCAGGUUUUCUCUUAGGCGCGUUUAAUCUUCAACUCAACCCAACAAAUUAAAAUCCAUCCAGUGAGAUUAUUUCUGCCUCCAGAGCAGCUCUGCCUCUAAAAAAACAAUAAACUAAAGACCUUUUAGGGAAUUCAACAUCUCGCUCACAGUAGCAUUUAAAGUAAAGAGGAGUCAGUGGGGAUUAAACCUGAACCGGUGUAGUUAAUAUACAGCCUUCAAUUGUCUUCUCAGCCAGAGUGUUUCCCUUUUUGCGUCUGGUGAAAAAUUGAAAACUAGUCACAGUCCUCUGUCUCUUGCAGUUACGCUUCUACUUUGCUUCAUGGGGAUCCAAAAUGUCCUCCUGUUAUCGCAGUGACAUCCAGUGAAACCAGAGCCAGACCUUUACUCUAUAGACACUAUGCUAGUGUUCUACUUCCUACGACUGAAACAGACAGCCCUGCGUAAAUAACUCAUACUUCCUGAUGCCACACACCUGUUUCAGGGUUUCUUCUGCCUUUUUGCCCAAUGCAUGCUGGGACAAACUCUGUGACCUUGAAUAGGAAUAAGCAAGUAAAGAAAAAGGCUUGUCAUGAUAUAGAAAUGUUUCCAAGACUCACAUACACACAGACAGUAAGUGUGUGUGUCUUAUUUACACAGGGCCGUCUUUGGAGAAAACAUCUCUUUCAGUCAGGUGCUUUUGGUCUUCAAGCGACCAUCUUUUUCCAGGAAGCCUUCCGAUCCUCUGACCUUCCUCAGAUACCAGCUGACAACUGGACACAUGCAGUCUAUCUGACACACACACACGCGCACACAUACAUGCAUAGUUACAAAAAUUAACAAUAAAGCAGCAGGUUCAACGUUUUUUCCAUCAUGUUUACUCUCCGUUUAUAAUACCAACCUUCAGGUGCUUUUUAAACUCUUAAACUCUUUUUUACAGUGCUCUUGCAGGUUACACACACACACACACACACAUACCCAAACACACACAUUUGCUGGAAACGGUGCCGACAUUGACGCUUUCUCUGAACUCCUUUCACUACAAAACAUCAACACACACACACAAACACAUACAAACUGUGUUUUUUUGCCGGCCGCCUGUCGCCAUCAGGCUUCCCACGGUGCCGUCGGGUGUGACAUCAUCACCCUGCGACGCUUGGUGCUCCCAAACCCCCCUUUCCCCUCCCCCCUCACCUUCAAACUCACCCAACCCCUCCGACCCCCAGGUGCUGCAUGUCAGUCAGUCAAUGUAAUCUCCGAUUCCAUGUUAGAUUAGGGAGUAAUGAUAAUAAUAAUCAUGGUAAUAAUAAUUACAAUAAUAAUCUGUUAUUGUGUGUGUGUACUGUUCCAGGUUGGUGCUCAGUUCAGUUCAGUCUCAGCCUAGAGGGGAGAGAACAAGGCUAGAGAAAGCAUAUAUUACAGUUAGUAUAGUGACUUGUUCUAUUGUACCCAUGGAUGCCGGAAGAUAUUGUUAAACCGAUUAGCUAAUGGACACUCAAACAAGAGCGAGUUGAAAUAACGCGGAAGGACAUGUGAGUUGUAACAGAGGUUAACAAAGGCAGGUGGGAGUGAAACUACUAAUAUCAUUAAUAAACAAAUACCCAGAAAUGAUAUCUAAAAUGAUCAAAAUGAACGUUUCCUGAAAUAGUAUCAAGUUGAACCUGCGUAGGGGUCACAACUAGCUGUUGCUUUAUUUUAAAGGCCCCUCAAAAGCAGAACUUCAGCUCAUUUCGCGUAAUUUCAACAUGUAUCUGUUUGAGAGUGCAGGCGGACGAAUGGAGACGAUAUUUUUAAACGACGUGUGAAACGGUGAUGAUGUUUCUGUUCGCCUAUCAACAGCUUUUAGGCUGAGUGAUGCGCUGUCAACACUGAUACAUUAACAAACACAUAAAUAUCCCACAUACACUGUUAUUAACACACACACACACACACACACGCAGAGAUACAUGCACAACACCUACAGACACAAUGCUGUGGCGCAUGCAGACACUCAUCUCAUGGACUAAAGGAAAGAUGAGCUUUUAAGAAAAGGAGGACCUGGUGGUGUUUCAAAGGUGCUAAAAUUUUAUCUGAAAAUAAGAAAAAUAUAUUGUUAGGAGUAUAAAUCAAGUUUGUCUUUACAAUGACUGUAUUUAAGUUUGUCGUAGUAAUGAAAAGGCACUAUUAUUAUUUUACUCUUGUAUGAAUAUGAACUAAUUAAAAGGCAUUUUAACUUUGUACUUGAACAAUGUAAGAAAUGAACCGUGAAUAAAAAAAAAGGACUGUUUCUUGUGAUUUAGUCUAAAGGCCUCAGUGUUAAUUACCUUUUGUUUUCAUUAUUUUAUUUUUUUACAGUUUACUGACUUUCUGUUUCCUCGGACAAAGUUUGCUGACAUAAAAUCAACACAAUAAAACUUAG